AUGAAAAAGGAAACUUUUGACGUUCUACUGCAAUUGACAAAGCCUUUUUUGAUAAAAUUUAGCAAUCGAGCAUUUAGUCCAGAACAACGGUUAACCAUAACUCUAAGAUAUUUAGCAACUGGGGAUCAAAUAUUGUCCAUCGCGCUGGCUUUCAGAUGUGGAGAAUCAACUGUCCGGAAAAUUAUCCAUGAAAUUUGUCCUGUCAUAGUGAAGGUAUUGCAGCCAAUCUACCUCCGUUUACCAACAGAAGAGGGAUGGAAAAAUAUUUGUGCUGUCUUUCUGGAAGAUUGGAAUUUCCCUAACUGCGUUGGAUCAUUCGACGGAAAGCAUGUACAGAUACAGGCUCCGCCAAACUCUGGGAGCUUAUUCUAUAACUACAAGAAGACGUUUAUUGUACUAAUGGCUGCAUGUGAUCAUAAAUAUAUGUUCACACUAGUCGACAUAGGCUCAUAUGGCGGAAAUAGCGAUGGUAUAUUUACAUCUUCUGAUAUUCAUUUGGCAAUGGAAGAGGAAGCAUUAAACCUUCCAAAAGGAAUUGCAAAUCUUCCCGAAAGCAAUAAUAAAUUACCAUGCUUUUUCCUUGGAGACAGUGGUUUCUCCAUCAAUUGUCUAGAGCAAGGCGCACAAUUGAAAAUGCAUUUGGCAUUUUGUCUUCACGAUGGAGGAUCUUCCGGAAACCUAUUAACAUGCAUCCUAAAUAUGUAG